CAAAUUUGAAACUGCUGUCUGGCCGACGUUUCUCUCUCUAGAAGAUGCAUUCCCUCGAUCUCCUCCUCCUCUUUUGAAGAUUCUUAGAUAUAUUGUGUAUAUAUAUUUCCUUCUGUCAUAUACGCGAAUUUAUACACAUAAUACACAUGUAUAGUAUAUAUAUAUAUAUCAAAAUCUAUGGAUACAUAUAAAUAGAAAGAUAAAAAACUGUUUGACCCGUCGGUGAAUUAGUUUGUACAAAGAAGACACGAAAAACCAUAUAGAUAGAUAGAUAGAGCCAGCCAGAGUUGUGGAUAAGAAUGCUGCCGGCAAGAUAUUUGGUGGCCGUGGUAAUUUCCGGCGUGUUAAUGUCGGCGGCGGCGGCGGUUUUAUACGGCGAAGGGACGCUGAGUUUCACUCUGGAGAGGGCAUUUCCGACGAGUCAUGGAGUUGAGAUGAGUCAACUCAGAGAGCGAGACCGAGUCCGCCACGGCCGAAUCUUGCAGUCCUCCGGCGUCGUUGAUUUCCCCGUCGAAGGCACUUACGAUCCCUUUCUCGUUGGGCUUUACUUUACUAGGGUUCAGUUGGGUUCUCCACCGAAAGAGUUCUAUGUACAGAUUGAUACCGGAAGCGAUGUCUUGUGGGUGAGUUGUACGUCUUGCAAUGGUUGCCCAACGUCGAGUGGACUUCAGAUCCCGCUCGAGUUCUUUGACCCGUCGAAUUCACCUACAGCUUCGGUGAUAUCGUGUUCAGACCAGAGGUGUGCACUUGGAGAACAAUCUUCCGACUCCGGGUGCUCUACCCAGAAUCAAUGUAGUUACACGUUCCAGUAUGGUGAUGGUAGUGGGACAUCGGGGUAUUAUGUAGCAGACUUUAUCCAUUUUACUACAGUUGUGGGGAAUUCUAUGAACUUAAACACAUCAUCUCAAGUUGUUUUUGGAUGUAGCACAUCUCAGACUGGAGACUUAACUAAGCCCGACAGGGCAGUUGAUGGAAUCUUCGGAUUUGGCCAGCAGAGUAUGUCAGUAAUCUCGCAGCUUUCAUCACAAGGAGCAACGCCAAAUGUGUUCUCCCAUUGCCUGAAAGGCAGCAAUGGCGGGGGUGGCAUAUUGGUACUAGGCCAGAUCGUGGAGCCAAGUAUAGUUUACACUCCGCUUGUCCCAUCACAGAUGCAUUACAAUUUGAAUUUGCAGAGUAUUUCUAUUAAUGGGCAGCCUUUGCCGAUUAGCUCGCAAGUAUUUGCAACAUCAAGCAACAGAGGGACGAUAAUAGAUUCUGGAACAACUUUGGCAUACCUUGCAGAGGAGGCUUACGACCCUUUUGUAAAUGCAAUAACCCAGGCUGUUUCAGCAUCUACACGUCCUCUCGUUGCCAAGGGAACCCAAUGUUACUUAACGACCUCCAGUGUCUCCGAUAUAUUUCCCACUGUUAGUUUGAAUUUUGCUGGUGGUGCAUCAAUGAUGUUAAAGCCUGAAGACUACCUCUUACAACAAAACUCCAUUGGCGGAGCUGCAGUGUGGUGCAUUGGGUUUCAGAAACUUCAAGGCCAAGGGAUUACCAUUUUAGGAGACCUUGUCCUGAAAGACAAAAUCGUUGUUUAUGAUUUGGCAAACCAACGGAUCGGGUGGACAAAUUAUGACUGUAAGUUGUGUGUCGGCUUCUUAGAACACUAUGCAUUCAUUGUUGAGCAUGUAAUUUAUAAACAUAAACAUGCAAUACAACUUUUAACUUGGGCCUCGACCCUCAUCUGUUCCAACUUCGUUUAUGUAGGUUCAACAUCGGUAAAUGUUUCUACGACCACGAGAUCGGGCAGAAGUGAAGUCGUCGAUGCAGGGCAGAUAAAUAACAACGCGGCCGGGUGGCGAGUUAAUCCUUAUGAGGUGAUGGGGAACAUUGUUGUUGCUUUCUUGUUACAUGUAUUGGCAUUUGGCUGCUACUCUGUUUUGUUGUAACAUUUGGUGUGUAUCUAGAGUUGUCAUUUUUUUUUUUUUUUUUCAAAUAGUUUUGUGUACAGGGGUCUGUCCAAUAUUUAUUUGAACCACAGGCACACCUAUCUUUAGUAACAAUGCAGCCUUUUAGGUUGUCUUUGUAUUGAACACACCAAACAAUUUGUGUAGUAGAUAUCGCCUUCCCGGAGUGACCAUCACAAAUAUUUUGUUCUAAUAAUUAGUACACAAUUUAGCUU